UCAACAGAAGUGCUGGACUCCUCCCUCAUCUUCAUCGAGGCAUCUGCGUGAAGUUAGUGGGCAGCAACCAAGAGCAGAUGCAGCGCGUGUGUGUGAGGAGUGUAGUUGACGCAGAGGCUGCAGAGAGAAGAGCGCUCAAACAGGACUCUGGAACUGAGAGCUGCGUGUCCACAGUGAGUCUCUCCACUGUUCAUCAGACUGAUCUGAAGUGCAGCUCCAUUACUUUCGCUGCUGCGCUGCUUUCAUCCCCAUUAACCAGCGAGCCGAGCAGCAGCAGCAGCCGGUCCCUCACACCGCUGAUCUCUCUCAGUUUCCGGUUGUGCUGCGGGCGUCCCCUGCUGGAGGCUGGGUGGUAUGAGCGCGUGUGGCAGGAAGGCUCUGACCCUGCUGAGCAGCGUGUUCGCGGUGUGUGGGCUGGGGCUGCUGGGCAUCGCCGUCAGCACCGACUACUGGCUCUACCUGGAGGAGGGGGUCAUCCUGCCCCUCAACCAGACCACCGACAUCCACACGUCCCUGCACUCCGGCCUCUGGAGGGUCUGCUUCCUGGCAGGAGAGGAGACGGGCCGCUGCUUCACUAUAGAAUAUGUCAUGCCCAUGAGUGUCCAGCUGACCAGUGAAUCUACAGUCAGUGUCCUGAAAAUGAUCCGCUCAGCCACACCCUUCCCUCUGGUCAGCCUCUUCUUCAUGUUUAUCGGCUUCGUGCUUAAUAAUAUUGGGCAUGUCCGCCCCCACCGCACCAUACUGGCCUUCGUUUCUGGAAUCUUCUUCAUUCUGUCAGGUCUUUCUCUGGUGGUGGGUCUUGUUCUCUACAUCUCCAGCAUCAAUGAUGAAGUGCUGAACAGGACUAAAAGUAACGAGGCCUAUUUCAGUUACAAGUAUGGCUGGUCUUUUGCCUUUGCUGCCAUCUCCUUUCUGCUGACUGAGAGUGCCGGAGUCAUGUCCGUCUACCUGUUCAUGAAGCGCUACACGGCUGAGGAGAUGUACCAGCCUCACCCGAGCUUCUACCGGCCGCGCCUCAGCAACUGCUCAGAUUACUCGGGCCAGUUCCUGCACCCGGAGGCGUGGACACGUGGCCGCAGCCCUUCAGACAUCUCCAGCGAAGCCUCGCUCCAGAUGAAUGCCAGCUACCCCGCCCUGCUCAAAUGCCCCGAAUACGACCAGGUCUCCUCCUCGCCCUGCUGAGGGCGGACAGACAGUCGGACAGAAAGACAGAAGCAGGUUCUAAACUAAGAGUCUUAAGGUUUCUUUCUAGAGGAAGAAUGAGCUGAUGGUAUGAAUGUGUGCGACUUCUGCUUUUUCCUUCUUGUUUGAAAGUGGUGGUGAUGUGCUGAGCUGAGCCUGAGAGCCGUUUUGCUGCAGUGGACCCUGUUCACCAGCAGGGGGCAGUAAUCAUUUACAGUGUCACUUUAACAGUGGUAGCCGACCACAAUGGAAGGGCCUGUAAAAUCAGAUUAUGUAUGAAAAGAUUAUUUAUUGGAUGUAUUAUACAUAUUUAUAUUCCUAUACGAUGUAUAAUAAUAAAGAAAAGGCAGCUUUAUAAAUGAAAAACUAUCUAUUCUGAGUGUAGCUAAGUGGCAGCAAUAGAGCGUCAAAAAAGAAUCCUUAGAAGACACACAUGGUAAUUAUGAGUCACAUGAGUCUCAUCACCAGUAUUCACGCCUAUAGAGCAUAAUACUGACUAUAUAGUGUUGAAUAGAAGAUGCUGAUGUAACUGUAAGUAACAUUUCAUAUUAAGGAAAAAAGUGACAUUUACAGUCCAGUAUUGUAAGCCUUGUGUGGUAAAGUCUGAUUGUUCUUAAUGAAAUCCACCCUAUACGACAUCAUAUACCUCUACAGCAAUGCUUUCACAGGAACGUAUGUGUCAUUAAAUCAGGGCAGUGUGGAGCAAAUCUUUGGGUACAAGAUUCUUUUUGCAUAAUUUACAUUUUUUAACGGUUAUUUAUUUAUUUAUUGAUUGAUUUGCAAGAAAUCAGUUUAUUAUUACAUCAUCCCCAGUUUGGGGAUCAGACAGAAAUGUAAAUAUCAUACAUUGCUUUGUUGAUGACAGUUCAUAGUUCGUAUGUGAUUUACUUUGGUAAAUGUAUUGGGUAAACAAAAUCGACUGCUUUUGUAAUGUCUGCUUUUCAGGUAUUUAGGUGCCGCUGAAUGUAAUGUGUAAAAUGUAGCCUACUAACUUUUGAAUAAAAAAAAUAACAAGGCAUAACUGUGAAAGGCUCAUUUUGUGCUGUGAGCUCUCUUCAAUAUUUAAAAACGUGUUUAUUUUAGUUCUAAAA